AGGUGUCUGGUCGCCUCUAGUCCCGCUCUCUGUCGUGUCAAGGAUAUUUUUAAACAAAAUACAGUGGAGGGAGUUUCUACUCCACUUAUUUAUCUCUGUUUGUGUUUUCGUCACCUUCCGGCGACAAGAUGAGCGGACUGAGAGGGAGAUGGAGGGCGGACAGUGGAGAAGAAGACCAGAAAAGCAGCGAUCUCCGCAGGACGCUCAGACUUCCCUUACAGGAUCGGGAUCAAGUACGAUACAUCUCAGAGCGGCACAGCAGCAAGGAGAGCAGCGUAGCCGUUGUGCUGCCUCAGAAACCCAGCGAGCAGAAACAAAGAGCUGCACUCAUCACUCCCACAGAAGAAAAGGUAGAAGUCAUUAAAGUUUACUUCGGAGCUCGGUCAGAGGCGGUGCAGAGUGUCAGGAUGCUGACGGACGAAGUGUCUCAGAUUCAGGAGGUGCGGUACUGCCUGAAGACUUUGAGAAAGCAGAUGGCUGCCAGACAAAAUGGCAACUUCAAUAAGGUUCCAGAAAAUGACUUCAGAGUCAUCAAGCCCAACAAUCAUCUACCGGUCACCAACAACAACAACUACGUCUCACUUGACAUUCAGCUCGAGGACAAUCAGGAGGACAGCGCCAAGCUCAGAGAGGCGACGCGGCGUCUCUACGCGCAGCUGAAGGAGAUGGAGAAGCAGCACCAGGAGGAGCGGGACAGACUGGAGGCCGAGUCGAACGAGUAUCGCAUCCAGCUGGCUGAGCAGUCAGACCGUCUGCAGGCGGUGGAGCUGCAGUCGGAGGAAAAGGGUCAACUGGUGGAGGAGCUGCAGAGGCUGCUGGAGAGCAUGAGGAUGGAGAGCGGCCUCCUGAAAGACAAGAUGGAGGCGAGGGAGGCGGAGCUGCUGCAAGUUAAAGAGGACAGUAAGGAAGGAGCAGAUAACGAGGAAAGGUGCACAGAGCUCAAGAAACAAGUGGCUUUGCUAAAGGAGAAGAUUCAUCACCUUGACGACAUGAUAAAGAGUCAUCAGAGGAAGCUCCGCCUCAUGAUUGAGCAGCUACAGAACUCACGGACAAUACUCCAAGAGAAGGAUCGGGUCAUCAUGGAUCUGGAGGAGAAGGUCGCUUUCCUGGAAGCUGAGAACAAGGAACUGCAUGACCACAUGGAGCACUUCCUGGCAGGACGGGACCCUCCUGCUCUGUCCACAGAAAACAAGCCGGAAAUUGUUUACAGCAAACCUUUCAUUCCAACAUCCCCGACCAACAAAGUACUGCCUUUCAUCAAGGUCAUAGAGAUCAAAUCCUGAGCAGCAUCCACGGAAAUGAUCUAGAACGAAUGUGUAAAUACGUUUUACUUAUCCUCUGUUAAUAUAUAUGUACACAGAUAUUUAUAUGUAGAUCUGCAGUGAUGGGUAUUUAACAAACCUCAUUUUUGUGGCUUUUUCACAUGCAGGAUAUUUGUUGCAUGUCAAAAACAAAUGGGGCAACAUGAUAAACUCCUCAAAAGCAGUUAAAUGAUUUCUUGAUGCACACGGGCACAAGUCUGUGCAGUUUGUACUUUGACAGGGGAGCCUUCAGGAUAUAGUGGAAAAUGUUCAAAGAACUUCAAGCUGCAUCUCAUGUAAAAUAAUAAGCAGCUUUAUAGGUCAAGUUAGAAGUUAAACUCAUAGGAAACUAAUCUGGGUUAAAUGAGAAAAUAGUCAAUAUUCUGAUGGUUUUAGCACAUUUUUAUGAGUGACCAGCUUCCUUAAAGGUCACAGUUAAAUUCCUCAGUGCUUUGUACAGACUUUGUUACUGUGUCAGAAUAUGUUUCUCUUACAUUAAGUGGGUCAUUUGUGAAGAAAAAAAAUGCAUUUAAUGUAAUAAAACCCUGGAUUUAUACUCCAAAUAUUCUCUAAGCUAUAUUACUUUCCAAUCUGCAAAGUAUUGCUUGAACAUGCUCUGUGUCCAGGCUUAACUUCUGCUAGUCAUAUUUAAUAAUGAGUAUUUAACAUUGUUUUGUAUUUUUCUUCAACUUCUGUCAAUAUUUUUGUUGUAUUUCUGUAAAAGCUGUAGAUAGCUAUCACAAAGUUAGACAUUUUGUUGCAGUUUUUCUCCACUUUUAUUUAAACCUAAAUAAAAUAAAAAAACAGG